AUGCUGGCCUCUGUCUGGUAUGCCAAGAAAUUGGGCCGAAGAAUUGUGCACAAUGCCAGAAAAGAAAAACUACCGCGGGCGAGCCCUGCUCCCAUGAUUGUAAAUACAGAAGCACUGGAGACAGUCCCCUAUGUCAAUGGAACAGAAAUAGAAUAUGAAUUUGAAGAAAUCACAUUGGAACGGGGUAACUCUGGCCUGGGAUUCAGUAUUGCUGGAGGCACAGAUAAUCCUCAUAUUGGAGAUGACCCUGGAAUAUUUAUUACUAAAAUUAUCCCCGGUGGAGCAGCAGCUGAAGAUGGACGGCUCAGAGUCAAUGACUGCAUUCUGCGGGUGAAUGAAUUUGACGUAUCUGAAGUGUCACACAGUAGGGCUGUAGAGGCCUUGAAAGAAGCUGGUUCAAUUGUGCGACUGUAUGUGCGUAGACGAAGGCCAGUUUUGGAAACAAUUACAGAAAUAAAACUCAUAAAAGGACCCAAAGGAUUAGGAUUCAGUAUUGCUGGUGGUGUGGGUAACCAGCACAUCCCAGGUGAUAACAGUAUAUAUGUUACAAAAAUAAUUGAUGGCGGAGCUGCGCAGAGAGAUGGAACAUUACAAAUUGGAGAUCGACUCCUUAUGGUAAAUAACUACAGCUUGGAAGAGAUAGCACAUGAAGAGGCUGUAGCGGUACUGAAACACACAGCAGAUGUGGUCUUUCUUAAAGUUGGAAAACCGACUACUGUUUACAUAAAUGACCCUUACGGACCUCCUGAUAUCACACACUCUUUUUCCCCUCCAAUAGAGAAUCACAUCCUUCUCUCAACUGGGAAUAAUGAUACACUGGAUUAUAAGACCUCGCUGCCACAGAUUUCAUCAGGAAGAUAUUCUCCUCUUCCAAAACACAUGCUUGGAGAAGAUGACGUCAGCAGGCAUCCUGAACCCAUUUACAGCAUUGUCAACAAAAUCUGUGAAUCCUUCACAAAACACUAUUUCCCUCUUGAGUGCGAUAAAAGCCAGCACCAUUCAACUAAUUAUCCCCACUACCAUGUAUGCUUGUUUUCUGACAAUGAGCUCACCAGGGAACCAAGAAAAUUUGUGCUGCACAGAGGAUCCAGUGGAUUAGGCUUUAAUAUUGUUGGGGGUGAAGAUGGUGAAGGAAUAUUCAUUUCAUUCAUCCUGGCAGGUGGCCCAGCAGACCUCAGUGGAGAACUGCGAAGAGGUGACCAAAUUCUAUCAGUAAAUGGCAUCGAUCUAUGUGCUGCAACGCAUGAGCAGGCUGCACUGGCUCUAAAGGGGGCAGGCCAGAUUGUGACUAUGAUUGCUCAAUACAGACCAGAAGAGUACAGCCGGUUUGAAGCAAAAAUCCAUGACUUGCGGGAACAGAUGAUGAAUCACAGCAUGAGUUCUGGGUCUGGCUCCCUGAGAACUAAUCAGAAACGUUCAUUGUAUGUAAGAGCUCUAUUUGACUACGAAAAAACCAAGGACAGUGGUCUUCCAAGUCAAGGUCUCAGCUUCAAAUAUGGAGACAUUUUGCAUGUUAUCAAUGCCUCUGAUGAUGAAUGGUGGCAGGCACGAAUGGUUACACCUGAAGGAGACAGUGAAGAGAUGGGUGUUAUACCAAGCAAAAGAAGAGUUGAAAGGAAAGAACGAUCUAGACUUAAAACUGUAAAGUUCAAUUCCAAUCCUGGAGUGAUUGAUGCCAAAGGGUCAUUCAAUGACAAGCGUAAAAAGAACCUCAUCUUUUCACGAAAAUUCCCAUUCUACAAGAACAAGGACCACAAUGAGCAGGAAACCAGUGAUCCAGAACGGGGCCCAGAAGACUGCAUUCUUUCAUAUGAACCAGUUACGCAGCAAGAAAUUAAUUACAGUAGACCCGUCAUUAUUCUGGGUCCAAUGAAAGACCGAGUUAAUGAUGAUCUGAUAUCAGAAUUCCCAGACAAAUUUGGAUCUUGUGUACCACAUACCACGAGACCAAAACGUGACUAUGAAAUGGAUGGACGAGACUAUCACUUCAUUACCUGUAGAGAUCAGAUGGAAAAGGAUAUCCAGGAGCACAAGUUUAUUGAAGCAGGACAAUAUAAUGAUAAUCUGUAUGGAACGAGUGUCCAGUCUGUAAAAUAUGUGGCUGAAAGGGGCAAACAUUGCAUACUCGAUGUUUCAGGAAAUGCUAUAAAACGGUUACAAAUUGCACAACUUUAUCCCAUUGCUAUUUUUAUCAAACCAGUGUCUGUGGAGUCAUUACUGGAAAUGAAUAAACGCCUGACAGAAGAACAAGGUAAAAAGACAUUUGAUAGAGCUCUGAAACUGGAACAGGAAUUUGGAGAACAUUUUACAGCAAUAGUACAAGGAGAAACCUUGGAAGAGAUUUACAACCAAUGCAAACUAGCUAUUGAAGAACAAUCUGGUCCAUACAUUUGGGUUCCCUCAAAGGAGAAAUUGUGAAUCAGCCAUAGAUGUGAGACUGAUGAGAACACCUGUUCAGAUAGUGACAUUUAAUUUGUUUUUAAUUGUAUUUUCAUCUCCAUCCAUACACAUAAUCAUUAAUGCACUUUGAGUUAGAAGCUCAGCAGGAUGUUUCUGCACAGGUCAGAGCUAUGUUUAGGGAGAGAGGGAUAUAUAAGAUAAAACCAAGCCAAGAUAUGGCAAAGAAGAAAGGGCUUUGGACAUCUUGGAGGAUCCUACAGCAUUUGUGCAUCCAAGCCACAAGUGUAUGCAAGAAAAUUCUUGUAUAAAGUGUUUUAUCCCUUAUUGUGAUCAAAUGGACAAAGCAGGGGCUCCUGCAUUUAGAGUCAUUCCCUGACAGGGCAGUGCCCAGCAUUACAACAUCCAGCCAGUCUGUGUGAAUUAGUGAUUCACUAGAAAGCAAAAUCGUGCAGAUUUUGUAACUAUGCAGAUAGAACUCAUCACAUAAUUUUUAACAGUUUUUUUGUUGAGAGUGAAUAUUAUAUAAAGAUGAACUCACAUCUAUAAAAUCCAAAUAAGAAGCAUUUUAAAGUGUUCAACACAUUCUAGGAUGUGUCUAAUUUGACAUCUUGUUAAAAUCAGGAUAAGCUUCAAUACAUACAAUAUAAAUUUUAACAUUUGUAUUCAGAGGUUAUUGAAAUAAUUUAUAGUAAAGGAAAUAUAUUGCUG